UCCCUACUCGUACGGUAAAAACUUUCUCUUAAACAAACAAUGACUAGGAUUAAUCUUCUCAAAUCUAAUUUUUCCCUUUCUUUUUGAAAAUUAUCUACCUUACUCUAUUAUCCGAUUUGUUUCCAUUUCUUCCCCUUACUUAGUGAUUUCAUUAAAAAGGAAAUAACAAUUUCUUGGUAUAAAAAGGAGAUACUUCAUCUCAUAUUAUCAUUCAUCCCUAUAUUUUAUACUAGUAAUUAAUAUUUUGAUCUUCCCUUAAAAAAUAAAAUUUUGAUUUCACAAAAAAAAUAAUGUCGUCUAAGACAAAUGAAAUUGUUGAAGAAGGCAAUAGAAAUCCCUCUAAUAAGUUUCGUUAUUUUUGUUCAUCUCCAUACGUGGUUUGUCUCGCGCAAAAGAUGAUGGCUGAAGCAAUUGGUACAUACUUUGUAAUAUUUGCGGGUUGUGGCGCUGUGGUGGUGAACAAUUUGUACGAUGACAAAGUCACAUUUCCUGGAAUAUGUGUGACAUGGGGUCUCAUUGUUAUGGUUAUGGUUUACUCUGUUGGUCAUAUUUCGGGUGCCCACUUUAACCCUGCGGUUACUCUUACUUUUGCCAUUUGUCGCCUCUUCCCUUAUAAGGAGGUACCGCUUUACAUAAUUGCACAAAUUUUGGGUUCAAUGUUGGCUAGUGGUACAUUAUGCGUCCUAUUCGAUGUUACACCAAAUGCGUACUUUGGCACCAUUCCUGCAGGCUCAAAUGGUCAAUCCCUAGGAAUAGAAAUCAUCAUUUCUUUCUUGUUGAUGUUCGUCAUUUCUGGAGUAGCAACAGAUUCUAGAGCUAUAGGAGAAUUGGCUGGAAUCGCGGUUGGAAUGACUAUAAUGUUGAAUGUUUUUGUUGCGGGGCCGAUUUCGGGUGCAUCAAUUAAUCCAGCACGGAGUAUUGAACCUGCAUUUAUGAAGCAAAACUUCAAAGGGCUUUGGGUAUACAUAAUAGGACCACCAAUUGGGACUAUUGUCGGAGGAUUGACUUAUAAUCUUAUUAGGUUCACGGACAAACCUCUUAGGGAGUUAACCAAAAGUUCGUCUUUUCUUAGGACCAUGUCAAAGGUUUGAAGCCUUUUGGUUGUAAUUUUUCUGGAAUUUUGUUCAUUUUAUUUUAUUACCUCCGGUCUAAAUUACUCGCAAUUUUGGGGUAUUAUUUGUGAGAUAUAAAAUAUUUCAAAGUUGCGAGUAAUUUGGACCGAAAGUAGUAUUUUAUUUUUUAUUUUUUAUCUUAGGGUGUUAAGAAAAAGUGGUGGAUUUUGUUAUUUUUUUUUUUAAUUUAUAGCAAGGUUUGGUUUGAAUUAGCGUGAAAAAACUAGAGAGAAUAAAUGUAAUUAGUUUGGAUAAUGAUAGAUUCAUUUUUAUUUUUUGGUGAAAGAACACAACCUUCGGCUAUUUUCUUCGAAAGUAACCUUUAAAGACUUGUUGGCGGCGUCAAUGCAAGAAGAUGGCGGCGAAGAUUUCUUUGAUGACUUCCAAUUCCAUCAUACAAUUGAUCUUGAGUAAAUGAUUGUAUCACCACUCCAUUUAAGUCAUCCAUUGGCACCAUAUCACACAAAGCACGCAUAUCUUCCUCCAUUUUCAUUAACAACUUCGAUAAUCAAAUUCUAAAACUUAUGAAAUCGCAACUCGCAAUUUAUUUUUGUUGUUUUUUUUUUUUCACGGACACAAUUUGUUUUAAUUAUGACUACGGUAGUUGUUUAUAUAUGUACCUAUUAGAUAAAUUUGGUUAUAAAGGGAAACUUCAGUCGGUCAACUCAUAAUUUAAAUCGUAAAAUAUUAUUCUUUUUUGAGGGAUAUUUAGUAUAAUUGUCUUUUCAAGUAAGCAGUGGAGGGGUAUAUGCGUCUUCUUAUGUGCUAGUUGAGGGGUACAUGUGUAAUUUCUUCACCAAACAGUAAAAACAAAAAGCAAACAGUAACUGAACAACUCACCAAAAGUACUGAAUAAAUAACCCUGUUUUUUCAAUAUAUUUACAAAAAUGCCAUCAGAUUAACAAAAAAAAAUCAUUUAUCUG